AUGAAGGUGAAAUUUACAGUUGGAAUUCGGAAUGUGAGGUCACUGUGGCAAGCUGGAACUUAUGCGAUGCUGAAAAAAGAGCUUGAGAGGUUUAGAUAUGAUGUGGUUGAUUUGUGUGAAGUUAGAUGGACAGGAAGUGGAGAAUUGGAAAAAGGAAAACUGUUAUGGUCAGGCACAGAAACCGAGCAUAUUCAUGGAGUCGGAAUGAUUUUUGGAGAGAAAGCAAGAAGAGCAUUAAUUGAAUACAAUCCCGUAAAUGACAGGUCGAUGUAUGCCAGAUUCAAAGGAUAUCCAAGAGAUAUUAUUGUGAUAGUUGCUUAUGCUCCAACAACAAAUCAUUCGGAUGAUGAAGUUGAAACGUUCUACGAACAACUGAAACAAACAUUGAAAACAUUACCAAAAAAAGAUGUCAAGAUCAUUGUUGGGGACUGGAAUGCUAAAAUUGGAAGUGACAACAUUGGAUUUGAAGAAUUAAUGGGAAAAUACGGUGUAGGAGAUAGAAAUGAUAGAGGGGAAAGCCCUGAAGUUCACUUGGAGCAAAUUACCAGAUGUCAAAAUCGUUUCAUCAGAAUUCUAUUAAAUCUACAUCCAUAUAGUCAUGUCGGCUGUUAUUAUCCUGAACUGAAAACUCUAAACAUAAAAAAUUUGUAUAAUUAUCAUGUUUUUAUCUUUGUGUUCAUGUUCCUACAUUAUCAAUUACCAACAUCUUUUAAUGACUUCUUCGAAUUUGGAAACGCUGUGCAGUCAAAGUUCACUCGACAUUCUCCUCUGCUCUAUACACCACCUGCAAGAAUAACACCGCUUGGCGAAAGUUUAAAACAUACCGGUCCCGGAAUCUGGGAGAAACUUCCUGUUGAUAUAAAGACUACAAAUUCCUUGCAUUUGUAUAAAAACAAAAUAAAGAAAUAUUUAUUGAAAAAAAGUUCAAUUUUUAUUUAA